UGGACACAUGAAUUAACUCAUGUACAACCUUUUUAACAUGUUUCUUUUUAUUUUAAUACAAAGAUUAUCUGGUAAAACAGUUAGAUUUCUAUGCACUUCUGUGAUUGUAGACAAUGCUGUGUGUGAACAGGACUUUUAUUUUGGAGUGACGACAUGACGUCAUAAGACUGCGCCGAACUCCUUCAUCUGUUGUGAUUCUGAUGAAUAAAGAUGGCGUUCAUUAAAGAGGAGAGUGAAGACAUGAAGAUUGAUUUUAUUAAAGAGGAGACUGAAGAAAUAAAGAUUGAAGAAACAAUCAGUGUGAAACAUGAAGAUACUGAGGAACAAACAGACCUAAUGACACUGAAAGAGACGAGUCAUGAACUUAAUGAAAUGCAAGAAGAGAAAAAACAUUAUGAUAAAUAUAAUGAUUUCAUGACUGGGGAAAGAGCGACACAGGCUAAAAAGUCUUCCUCACGAAAAAGAGCUCAAAAGACAGGAACUAAAAGUUAUUUCACCUGCCAACAGUGUGGAAAGAGUUUCACACGUGAAGACUACCUUAAAGUCCACAUGAGGAUUCAUACGGGAGAAAAGCCUUACACCUGCCAACAGUGUGGAAAGAGUUUCAGUCAAAAAGGAAAUCUUAAAGACCACAUGAGAAUUCACACUGGAGAGAAACCUUUCACCUGCCAACAAUGUGGACAGAGUUUCAGUCAAAAAGGAAGUCUUAAAGUCCACAUGAGAAUUCACACUGGAGAAAAGCCUCACACCUGCCAACAGUGUGGAAAGAGUUUCCCUGUAAAAGGAAGACUUAUAGUCCACAUGAGAAUUCACACUGGAGAGAGCCCAUUCGCCUGCCAACAGUGUGGACAGAGUUACAAAGAAAAAGGAAAACUUGAAAUCCACAUGAGAAUUCACACUGGAGAAAAGCCUCACACCUGCCAACAGUGUGGAAAGAGUUUCAGUAGAAAAGGAAGUCUUACAGCCCACAUGAAUAUUCACACUGGAGAGAAGCCAUACACAUGUGAUCAGUGUGGAAAGAGUUUCACACAUAAAUUGACCCUUUAUAACCACAUGAAUAUUCAUACCGAAGAGAAGCCAUUCAUUUGUGAUAAGUGUGGUAAGAGUUUCAGAUUAAAAGGUAACCUUAAGAGCCACACGAGGAUUCACUCGAAAGAGAAGUCUUUUAGAAGUCAUCACUGUGGAAAUAGCAGAGGUAUCAGCUCCUCCAACCAAUCUGCAGUUCAGUCAACAAAGCCCCGCCCACUGCAAUUACUUAAUGAAGCUCCUCAUAUAGCAGUCACAUCACCAGUGAAGCUCCUCCCACAGCAGUUCAUCAAUAAAUGCUGGAAUAUUCCCAUCAGAAGAGCACUGAAGCAUCAGGAAGAGCUGAAAACCGCAGAGAACAUGAGUGAUCCAGAACCCUGCAGAAUGAAACACACUGAAGAUACUGAAGAACAAAGAGACCUGAUGGAAGAAAGCGAGGAGAGUGAAGAACUAAAGACAUUUCUAAAGAAAAGAGCCAAGAAAUCUUUCACCUGCACUCAGUGUGGAAAGAGUUUCUCAACCAAACAACAUCUUAAGGAUCACAUGAGAGUUCAUACAGGAGAGAAGCCGUUCACAUGUGAUCAGUGUGGGAAGAGCUACAGUCAAUCAUCAAGCCUUAAAGCACACAUGAGGAUCCACACCGGAGUGAGACCAUUCACAUGUCACCAAUGUGACAAAACAUUUCUUGGGGAAUCAACCUUAAAGAAACACCUGAGAGUUCAUACAAAGGAGAAGCCAUAUUCAUGUUCUGUGUGUGGAAAUAGUUUUUCACAGCUGCAUUAUUUACAUAAACAUGAGAAAAUACACACUGGUGUGAGAGAGUACAUGUGCUUUGAGUGUGAGAAGACUUUUACUAUAGCAAACCAUUUAAAACAGCACCAGAGAACUCACACUGGAGAAAAACCUUACAAGUGUUCACACUGUGACAAGAGAUUCAGUCAGUCAUCAUCUCUGAAAACACAUGAGAUGAUCCACACUGGAGAAAAACCUUACAAGUGUUCACAGUGUGACAAGAGAUUCAGUCUGUCAUCAAAUCUGAAAACACAUGAGAGGAUUCACACUAGAGAAAAACCUUACAAUUGUUCACAGUGUGACAAGAGAUUCAGUCAGUCAUCACAUCUGAAAACACAUGAGAGGAUCCACACUGGAGAAAAACCUUACAAGUGUUCACAGUGUGACAAGAGAUUCAAUCAGUCAUCAUGUCUGAAAACACACAAGGAGAUCCACAGCAGAGAGAAGCGGCACACGUGUGAUCGGUGUGGAAAGAGUUUCUCUUUUAAAAAUCAGCUGAAGAUACACAUGAAGAUCCAUGCAGUGGAGAAACCACAUCACCACAGUCUGCAAUCAUGAUAAGUAGUUCAUCUUUAUGUGCUGAGCAACAAUCCCUCUUCUGUGUAAGGUAGACAAAUCUCUCCUCUCCACCUAUAGUUGGCGCUGUUGCUCUGUGGCUGCUGUUGAAUUAUCCAGGUUGUGAAUGAGGAGAGACCCCGAAAUGCCUCAUUCAUUCAUUUAUUCAUAGUUAACUGUUUCUCAAUAUGUGCUCUUGUCUGUACUUGUUUGAACGUCAUCAGUCGCUGUCCAAGUACUGUUCCAAUUCAAAGUUCACAUCUAGCCAAGUACAGUUCAAAUCCCCGGAUGUGUUCUUGAUCCGCCAUUUUAUCGAGGAUGCAUUGAGAGGUGACUUGUGCGGACUUGAGACAGCCAGGUAUCCCAGAAUGCAUCUUGCACUAACCAGCAAGUGUCAGCAGCAGAGGAGAAAACCCAUGUAACACACUACUGUUAUUAUGUCAUGAUAUGUAGUUUUAAGAGUUUUCAGGCAUGUAAGAAUGUACUGGUUUAAAGCUCAAAUUUGUGGUUUAUUGAUAAAAGUAGCACCUAUUUGGAGUUGUGAGAUCCAGAUGAUCACUGGGCGCUCAUGUACCCCGCUGAGAGCAUCCUUACCUCGGCUAGUCCUUCUGACGUUUGCCGCUGGCUCUGAUGUCUCUGUAGUGCUUAAACAUAAUAUAAUUCAUCUUUUGUAAAUCUAACGGGUGAUCUUUGGUCUCAUAAAUCUAUAAUUUGUUGAACUAAAAGUGAAAUCUCAUAACUUAUAGUUUACUGUUGUAGCCUAUUAGAGCGCUGACUUUGUAUGUUUGACUGAAUCAUUUGCUUUAUUUUUCAUUGUAGCUUCUUAUACCUUUUGCUUAUACUUAUAUAAUGGGUAUUUGGCUAUUGUUGGCCAUUAAAACUGACAUUUAACAAAAAGAGUCAGGGGUGUGUUUUAUAUUUGCAGACUAUAUGCACAUAUUGACACAUAUGUUUGAUAUUUUU